UUACAGGGACCUAUGGAGCCAAAAUUUGGGGCCAAUGGGACAGCCAUCACUGAGUUCGUCCUUCUGGGCUUGGUAGAGACACCAGGGUUGCGACCUGUGAUCUUUGUAAUCUUCCUCUUUGCCUACCUGGUGACAGUGGGAGGCAACCUCAGCAUCCUCACUGCCAUUUUAGUGGAGCCCAAACUUCACACCCCCAUGUACUUCUUCCUGGGGAAUCUAUCAGUGCUGGACAUUGGGUGCAUCACUGUCACUGUUCCCUCAAUGUUGGGUCGUCUCCUGUCCCACAGGCGUGCAGUUCCCUAUGGAGCCUGCCUCACACAGCUUUUCUUCUUCCACCAGUUAGCUGGUGUGGACUGCUUCCUGCUGACAGCCAUGGCCUAUGACCGAUUCCUGGCCAUCUGCAGGCCCCUGACCUACAGCACUCGUAUGAGCCAGACAGUCCAGAGGAUUUUGGUGGCUGUGUCCUGGGCUUGUGCUUUCACCAAUGCUCUGACCCACACUGUAGCCAUAUCCACACUCAACUUCUGUGGCCCCAAUGUGAUCAACCACUUCUACUGUGACCUCCCACAGCUGUUUCAGCUCUCCUGCUCCAGCACCCAGCUCAAUGAGCUGCUGCUUUUUGGUCUGGGGAUCCUCAUGGCUGGUGCACCUGUGAUUCUCAUUGUUACCUCCUACAUCCAUGUCGCAGUUGCAGUCCUUCGAAUCCGCUCAGCUGAAGGCAGGAAGAAAGCCUUCUCCACAUGCGGCUCCCACCUCACCGUGGUGGGCAUCUUCUAUGGGACAGGUGUCUUCAGCUACAUGCGUCUGGGCUCAGUGGAGGCUUCAGACAAGGACAAGGGGAUUGGAAUUCUUAACACUGUCAUCAGCCCCAUGCUGAACCCAGUCAUCUACAGCCUCCGGAACCCUGAUGUGCAGGGGGCCCUGCAGCGGGUGUUCACGGGGAAGCGAGCCCUUGCUUAA